AAAUGACCAAAUUCAUAAUUGGAUCUACAUUAGUUGUACUGAUUUAUACAAUUGUAUCGAUUUCACAGGUUGAAUCAGGAGUUUUGCCAGUAUCAACAACAGAAAUAUCUAUAAUUUCAUCUGAAACAUCAAUUAUCGGAUCUUCUCGUGUUAAAAGAAAUGGAGGAUGUUGUGGAUGUUGUGGAUGUGGAGGAGGUGGUGGUGGAUGUGGAUGUUGCUGUUGCAGACCAAGAUGCUGCUGCUGUUGUAGACCCAAAUGUUGUUGUACUUGUUGUAGAACUUGUUGCUGUACUAGAUGUUGUACCUGCUGUAGACCAUGCUGUUGUGGAUGUGGUUGCGGAUGCGGAUGCUGUGGAUGUGGAGGUGGAGGUCGUAAACGUCGUUCCCUUCAAAAACUUCAAAUUGAUGAAGCUAAUCGUGCUCUUGGAAUCAAAAGAAGACCAUCCAAUGGCAAAUGUUAAUCCAUUAAUCUAUUUGUUUAAUUUAUUCUAAUUCUCGAUCGGGAAUAAAUAAUUUGGAAAUUA